AUGGCAGAAUACUUGAACUUGAGAAUUCCCAUAAUAACGUUGCGCGUGUUGUUAAUAGCAUGGACGACGGUUUCCGUAUCGUUUACGUUGCUACUACCGCUUGCUUGUCUCUCUUUCAACUACUUCUAUAACAAAUUGAUUCCAAUCCCAUCUAUAUCACUGAGCUUUGAUGAUUUUUCCUUGAACUAUCCCACUGGAACUGGACCUUUUAUCGUUUUUAGCGACCUGUCGUCACCACCACCGCAUCAAGGUAAUAUACCACAAGCUGUUAAAGGUCUUGAACAACUCGACAAGACAUUGCACUACGACUUCAAUUUGAAGAUUUCCCUUCUGUGCAUGGACUAUGAAUCGCCUCGCUAUGCGUCCACGAUGUAUCAGGUAACGUUGAUGAGUUCUGAGCUAUUUCAAAUGCUGGAUUCUUAUAACCCAUACGAUAUGGAUACAACUUCCCAUGAUGCCAAAUGGUACGCUAAUAACUAUGGAUGGUCUGUUACACAAGACUUGGACAGUGUGUCUCCAGAUUUGUUAGCCAGUGGACUGUACACCUCCCGCAAAAACACUCUCGUGUGGGAUUGUCAAAGGAAGAAGAAAACAAUCAAGACGUUUGCACCGCCUUUGUUACAAGGAUUUAUACCUGAAGUGGUUGGUGAAUGGGAGUACUCAACCAACUCACACACCAUAAAUCUCUUGAAAGACAUAAAGUUGGAAAACUUCCUUCCAGAUGGCAAAUCGCUGUGCGUAACAUUAGAAUUCAGAAGGGAGCUUCUCAUCGAUCCCAAGACUUCAGUUUUUGAAAUAAGCGUCAGCUGGAGUGGUAUUAGACACUAUCUAUACCAUUACAGAACGCUAAGCUAUGUAUUUGGUGUGCUGUUGCUCUGGAGUCUGAGCACUGCUGUGCUGUUCAUCACCAUAGGCGGUCUUGUGGCCUGGAGAGAGCUAUCUACUGAACACGAAGAUAAAAACAAGGAGGACCUACCCAUCCUUAUGACCGGUAACGCUGACGAGGGAUUCGAGGGUCGUACAGACGACUUUGACUUUACUGUUGAUGUGUGCGAAGAAACAACAACAAGCGGAUAG